UUUGAUCGAAGCAAAAUGCAGAAAAACAGAGGGUCACUAAAGACGGAGAUAUAAUAAUGAUGUUUUCUUUGCGAAGCUACGCUCUUUCGACGGCUGACUGGGAAGAGAGAUCCUUUCCAGGUUUUCGGCCAAUUGUGUGUUCCGAAUUGCAGAUUAUGUUAGUGUUGAUGAAAGAUUCAUCCGAAUUGCAGAUUCAUUCAAUUGUGUGUUCAAAUAUUUGAACUGCUAAUUAGAAAGCCCUUUAUUGACUGUAUCUCCAGAGUUACAAGCUGGAAGAUAUGAAACAUGGGAAAACAGAGCUGCAAAUUAGUUCAAGUACUUGAUUCCAUUCAAAACCCGAGUAAAAAAGGUCUUAUUUGGUUCUUCUUAUUAGUUUGUGUUUAGGAUUAUUAUUAUUAUUAUGUCUUGUUUAGGAAGUAAUCAUUUGCUUAUUGGUUUAGGAUUUAUUUACCUUGUCUUAAGGGGAAGGAGUUUGUAGUUGUAGGAUUAGUCCUAUAAAUAUGUACAUUUGCUCUUCUAUUUUCAUUCAAGUAAUAAAGUUCACUAUCUAUUUUUAAAUUAGCUCUCUUUUAUAAUCCGAUCAGGCUGCCCCAAUCCCCUUACCGGCUCCCGAAAAGUUUCAACGAUGGCGGCUUCUUCCCCUGCCAACUCCAACUCCAACGACUAUGUGUCAAUGGAUUCGCUUGCAGAUUUCUUAAGGUUCAAGAAAGGUCCCGUUAGAGGCACCGGCGAGUUGCAGACGGCCAUUGUCAGUUACCGGAAGCAGUCCCCUGAGUCUACCAUCAGCUCUUCUCUUCAGGUUGAUUUGGUUUCCGCCAUCCACAUUGCUGACAAAGAGUAUUACUCGACCCUCCAGAAGGAGCUUGAGUCUUAUGACUGUGUCCUCUAUGAAAUGGUGACAAAAGGGAAGAAAGAAAACCCAGAAACUGCCACAAGGCUGCGGCUGAUUUUGAGAACAAUGCACAGCUGGUUCGACCGUAUACUUAUAGAUUUCGGUCGCCGCCUAAUGGAACCAAUUCUCUCCCUUGAUGACCAAGUAAAGUGUCUCAAUUACGAGGCGGAGAACUGGUAUCAUGCUGAUCUCGAUAACGAGACAUUCACACGACUUCAGUAUGAAAGGGGUGAGAGCGUCUGGACAUAUGCGAUCCCCAAGUCGAAAGGUAAGCUGCUGAUCUGGGCGGCGUUUCUUCUGCUUCCGACAUCCGUCGCGAUUGCUGCAAUUCGUCUCUGCACUGGGAGGAGUCCAGCUCCGUACUUCACUGAACUAGCAGGUGCACUCUCUCGGCUCGAUUCCGAUGCUGCCAUGAAGGUCUCUUUUGCCAACCUACUCACAUCUGAGUUCGUUCAGAAGACGGUUGAUGAGGAAGAGAAGUCGGUGGUGAUCGGAGAAAGGAACAGAGUAGCCAUUGAAGCACUGAAGAGAGCCAUGGAUGAAAAGGGUCAUCACAACAGCAAGAUCGCCAUUUUCUAUGGAGCCGCUCACAUGCGGGAUCUGGGAAGGCGGCUGAAGGAGGAAUUCGAUUUGGUGCCUUCGGGACAACACCGGUGGAUGACCGCCUGGUCAGUAGAGAAAGCUUCAGGGUGGACAUUGCACCGUUGCCUGAAUCUGGCAUUGCUCUGCACCUGGUUCUCACCGAUCCUUUCUAAGGAUCUCCUGUUCUGGAAGAGAGUAUUCGGUCGAUUUCAUAUCCAGAAGUCCAGAAUUGCAGAUUAUGUUAGUCGAUGCCUUGUGUGAGAAUAAUCCAGCACCUCGCCUUCUUCUUUUACUUCCUCUCGUAGAUUCUUGUUUAUGAUCGAUCACAAUUCACAACUGUAAUGCACUUAUUUCAGGAUCCCUGUUGAUAAAAAUUUUGAAAGGCGUUUUAUGAUUGAUAUGUAGCAUUACAUGCUGGAAGAUAUGAACACUUGGGCAAACAGAGCAGAGAACUAGAGAAACUAUAUUAAGUCUUGCAAAGUUGGCGUCUUUCCACGAUUUGUCUGCCGCUAGAAGUCUUUCCACAAUUAAGCAGAGGCUCUGUU